UGCUGGUUAGAAAAUAAAAGACUCGACUGGAGUGUUCAAGUUCGAAACAAGUUCAGCCCUAAAUCCGGAUUAGAUUAAGAUGUUGUUAAUUUCUGACGUGUAACGCUAAACCUCAUUCCAAACUCUAUCGUGGCACCGUCUCGAUGAAUCUGUCAUCGACAAUUCGCCGAUACCACUCGCUGAUUGUCAGCUUUGGUAGAUAAUACCUAGGAUCAAGACUUGAAUCAUUUAGGUUUAACACAAUCGACAGUCCGGAAUACCGGUACUUUCCUAUAACAAAGAAGAAAAUACAGCUUAGUGUAUCGGCAGCCCAUGAUGCAAGAAUAGCGCUAAGAACUCAUCUGAACGAGGACUCAAAUGUUUACGAGAUAGUCAUAGGUGGAUGGGGCAACAAAAUGUCAACUAUCAAGAGGAACAGCUCAGACUCAGAUGUUGUCGAGGCAGAAACAGAAAGUAUAUUGAGUAGUGAGGAGCAGAGGGAUUUUUGUAUCAAGUGGUGGUGCGACGGGCUUCUGGAAGUAAUUUGUCAGAACUUUGGCGAUGUCCGAAUGAGGUACAAAGACAACGAUCCGUUUGUUGUGAACUUCAUAGGGUUCAGCACGGCAUGGGGUGCGAGGGGAGAAUGGAUUCUUGAACACUACACUGCCUCUCUACCCGCUGUACGUACACAGUUAGCUGCGACAUGCAACUAUUGGAUAGAUUGCAAUUCUGACGAAGGAUUGCCCAGGAAUGCGGUGAGUGCUUCGGAUGAUGGACUUUACAUAGGCCGAGCUCGGCAUAGCAACACCAUAACCCCAGGCAGUGUCCGAGAAAGAAUUUGUAGCCUAUCAUGGGGUGGAUCGACGCAUCAUAAAAAAGAGUUUCAAAUUCUGUGCCAUCCCAAUGUGGGCUGGGUAAGAAGCUGGCAGGGAUCGGUACCUCUGUACGCGUUACCCGGAGGUGAAACAGAGGACAGUUAUGCUCUCUUCGUCGGCAGAGUGCUCCACGAGAACAUAUACUACAUAGGAAAGGUCCAACCUAACCACCAGGUCUGUUAUAUACCUCUGAACGAAGGUGAGGUUGCUUUUACGGAAUACGAGGUGCUUGUCAUUGACGAAGAUGCGAUAGAGUAUAUCGGCAGAUAACAAAGCGAAACACACUCUAAGAAGACCGUAGCGGAUGUAAAAUAUUUUGCUGUGUAUAUCUUACAGGAGACUAGUAUCUCGAAGGUUUUUCAAUUUUUCAAGCAUCAUAGAUCACUGCAUGGCGAUAGUUGAGAAAGAAAGUUUUAGUUUCCUUUUUCGCUAAAUUUUUAUCCAAUAUUUAAACAAAGAAUCGAAUCGUUUUUCCAUUGCAGUUUUCUCUGCUUAUUCAGUAUUUUGAAAAAUUUCCAUUACUGUACGUGUUUGAAACAUGUAAAGAGGAUCUCAAAGGAUAGCGGUGUUAUUGCAGUGCUUCGAUAAUUUAACUAGGGGUUUAAUUCGAUCAACUGAUAGAAGAUGAAAUUAGUAUAUUGCGUAACGGGGAGUUAAACUCAGGUCUUUUCGGGCCAAGCUCAAGUUUGCAAUACGAGUUAUAGGUGAGUCGAAAAUGAAAACAUGCUCGCGUUAUAUAAAUACAUUCAAAUAUGUGCCAUUCUUUAUUUUGUGACACCAUAAUCGUUUCGUACUUAAUUAGAAAUUCAUACUUCUGAACGCUUUUGAAAUAACAGUGUGAUAUUUUCUCAGAUUCAUGUUCGAAUAUAGUAUAAUGAGAAUACCUAUUAUGAGAAUAAUAUAAGAAAAUAUUUUAUUGCUUGAGAUAUAUUCCCUUGAAUCAAGAAAAGCUGGUGUGCAUACAACUUACAGGUAUUACCGCACGAAGUCUCAAUUAAUUACCAUAUGUGAUACAAAAAUUGAAAUAACUGUGUAAUGUAUAUAAAUGAAUAGAUAAUACGUGUAAAUAUAAUAUAAAUAGGCAUUUUGGAAUAUAUAAUAAAAUGAUAUAUAAUUUC